GCGUGGCCCGCGGCACUGGCGACGGCUGAGCGGCGGCGGCGGUGGUGGCAGCCGAGGAGCAGCGCGGAGCCCUACGGUGCGGGCGCGCGGCCGGGCGGCUGCAGGAGCCCCGAGCGCGGGCCGCGGCGGCUGAGCGAGGCCGGGGCCGGGCCAGGCCGCGCCGCCAUGGGCUCCCUGUUCCGGAGCGAGAGCAUGUGCCUGGCGCAGCUCUUUCUGCAGUCGGGCACGGCCUACGAGUGCCUGAGCGCGCUGGGCGAAAAGGGCCUGGUGCAGUUCCGAGACCUCAACCAAAAUGUAAGUUCUUUUCAAAGAAAAUUUGUUGGUGAAGUAAAGAGGUGUGAAGAACUAGAACGAAUAUUGGUGUAUCUGGUGCAGGAAAUUACCAGAGUUGAUAUUCCCCUGCCUGAGGGAGAGGCCAGUCCUCCUGCACCACCUCUUAAACAGGUUCUAGAGAUGCAGGAGCAGUUGCAGAAGCUUGAGGUCGAACUGAGAGAAGUUACAAAGAACAAGGAGAAACUGAGGAAGAACCUGCUGGAACUGAUUGAGUACACCCACAUGCUGAGGGUGACGAAGACCUUUGUGAGACGGAAUGUGGAGUUUGAACCCACUUAUGAAGAGUUCCCUGCCUUAGAGAAUGACUCUUUGUUGGACUACAGCUGUAUGCAGAGGCUGGGAGCAAAACUGGGGUUCGUAUCUGGCCUGAUUCAACAAGGAAAAGUCGAAGCAUUUGAAAAAAUGCUGUGGCGGGCCUGCAAAGGGUACACCAUUGUGACUUAUGCAGAGCUGGAUGAGUCCCUUGAAGACCCAGAGACAGGAGAAGUCAUAAAGUGGUAUGUGUUCCUGAUAUCCUUUUGGGGAGAGCAGAUUGGCCACAAGGUUAAGAAGAUAUGUGACUGUUACCACUGCCAUAUCUACCCGUAUCCAAACACUGCUGAAGAGCGCAGGGAGAUUCAGGAGGGGCUCAACACACGGAUCCAAGAUCUUUACACUGUGCUACAUAAGACAGAGGAUUAUCUGAGGCAAGUGCUGUGCAAAGCCGCAGAGUCAGUGUGCAGCCGUGUGUUGCAAGUGAAGAAAAUGAAAGCCAUCUACCACAUGCUGAAUAUGUGCAGCUUUGAUGUGACCAAUAAGUGCCUCAUUGCCGAGGUCUGGUGCCCCGAGGCAGACCUGCCAGGCUUGCGUCGAGCAUUGGAGGAGGGUUCGAGUGGUGCUACGAUCCCCUCAUUCAUGAACACAAUCCCCACAAAAGAAGCGCCGCCCACUCUGAUCCGUACCAACAGAUUCACUGAGGGCUUCCAGAACAUCGUGGAUGCCUAUGGUGUUGGAAGCUACAGAGAAGUGAACCCAGCUCUCUUUACCAUCAUCACAUUCCCAUUUCUAUUUGCUGUGAUGUUUGGAGACUUCGGGCACGGCUUUGUGAUGUUCUUAUUUGCCCUCUUGCUGGUGUUAAAUGAGAAUCAUCCCAGACUAAAGCAGUCACAGGAGAUCCUCAGGAUGUUCUUUAAUGGCCGCUACAUCCUCCUGCUGAUGGGGUUGUUCUCCGUGUACACCGGCCUCAUCUACAACGACUGCUUCUCCAAGUCCGUGAACCUCUUUGGCUCUGGGUGGAACAUAUCUGCCAUGUACAGCUCCAGCCACUCUCCAGAGAAGCAAGGGAAGAUGGUGCUUUGGAAUGACAGCAUUGUCAGGCACAGCAAGACUUUGCAACUGGACCCAAGUAUCCCUGGAGUGUUCCGAGGCCCUUACCCUUUCGGCAUUGACCCCAUUUGGAACCUGGCUACAAAUCGCCUCACUUUCCUCAAUUCCUUCAAGAUGAAAAUGUCUGUGAUUUUAGGAAUUAUUCACAUGACGUUUGGUGUCAUUCUGGGAAUAUUUAACCACUUGCACUUCAGGAAGAAGUUCAACAUCUACCUGGUCUCUGUCCCAGAAAUCCUGUUCAUGCUCUGCAUCUUUGGGUACCUGAUCUUCAUGAUCAUCUACAAGUGGCUAGCAUACUCGGCCGAGACCUCCAGAGAGGCCCCCAGCAUCCUGAUCGAGUUCAUCAACAUGUUCCUGUUCCCGGCCAGUGAGACACAUGGCCUCUACCCUGGGCAGGCACAUGUGCAGAGGCUGUUGCUGGCCCUCACCGUGCUGGCUGUCCCCGUCCUCUUCUUAGGAAAGCCACUUUUCUUGCUGUGGCUGCACAACGGACGCAGCUGCUUUGGUGUGAGUCGGGGUGGUUACACGCUGGUAAGGAAAGACAGCGAGGAAGAAGUUUCUUUGCUGGGCAGCCAGGAUAUAGAAGAGGGGAAUAACCGCAUGGAGGAUGGCUGCCGAGAAGUGACCUGUGAGGAGUUUAACUUCGGGGAGAUCCUGAUGACACAGGCGAUCCACUCCAUUGAGUACUGCCUUGGCUGCAUCUCCAACACUGCAUCCUACCUGAGGCUCUGGGCUCUCAGCCUGGCACAUGCACAGCUGUCUGAUGUGCUGUGGGCCAUGCUGAUGCGCGUGGGCCUCCGUGUAGACACAACCUAUGGAGUCUUGCUGCUGCUCCCUGUCAUGGCUUUCUUUGUAGUUCUGACCAUUUUUAUCCUUCUGAUCAUGGAAGGGCUUUCUGCAUUUCUCCAUGCCAUCCGCCUCCAUUGGGUAGAAUUUCAGAACAAAUUCUACGUUGGUGCAGGCACCAAAUUUGUUCCUUUCUCAUUCAGUCUGCUGUCCUCGAAGUUCAGUAAUGACGACAUAGCAUGAUCUUGCUGCAGCCAACCCACUCUCAGAGUUAUGGAGAUUUAUCAUGUUGCAGAAUUCACUUGUGUCAGUUAUAAUAGGGAGAUUCCAUCCUCAUUGAUUGCCUUACGAUAUAGCCAAAUAAUAAUUCUGUAAGAUAUACCUCUUCCUUGUGUUAAAGACUUUGUAACAUUCACUUUUUUAUUUUAGUUUUUUUCUUUGAAACAGGGUCUCCCUGUAGCCCCAGCUGGCCUGGAACUUGCUAUGUAGACCAGGCUGGUCUUGAACUGACAGAUCCACCUGCCUCUGCCUCCCGAGCACUGGGAUUAAAAGGCAUGCACCACCUUUCUCAGCUUGUAAAUUCACUUUGAGACAGAAAUUUCAUUGGUUUUCGUUAUGAGCAAAUAUAAGUUAAUGCCAAAUGUUAUAUUAAAGUUAUUUUUUAAAAUGUAGUACAGAUUUGGGCUACCUAAAAAUGAUCUUAGAUACUCGAGUCCUUUUAAACCUUAUUAAGAGCACGAAGUUCUUUCUUCAUGUGAAGUUAUCAGUUAAUCUUUUCUAGCAGCCAAAGUUAAGCAUAGUUUUAAAAAAAAUGACUUUUAGGUAAUCAGAAGUUCCACAUUCACCCUUCUUGGUCAGGAGUAUUUGAGAGUUCUCACUGUGUACUUUUGGAAUUACCAGGAAGGGCAGUUUCUACAGUGCUAACUUAUUUUAAUAAUUGGGACAAAAAACCAGGUGGUUCUCCUACUUGUCAUUUUUUAAAGCUCUUGUCUUGUUACUACCACCUGAGACCAAUCAUAGUUGUGCGUUCAGAAGGAUGACUGUCCUGAGUGAGCCUUACAGCCCAGUGCACUUUGCAGGGAGAGGUGGGAAGUAGCCUGUGUGUAUUUUUAUAGCAACAUUUAAAUGAAAAUAUUUUACCACAGAUCACGUUUCUCCUUGGGAACAGUAUAAUUUUUUACUUACAGACUAAUUCUAAAUAAAGGUCUCAUGGAGAUAGUUCAACUUCCAAAUGCUGUUCAAGUCAGUUGAAAACUAAUUCUCAUUAAUCCAUUAAUUUAUAAUCUUGACUAUAUCUAUUCUUGUGCCAUUUCGUUUUGCAUGAACUUGAGUCAGGCUUGUUGAACCUUUGCUCUAUUUCAUAUUCUUAUAAAUUAUGUUCAUUUUUCACAUUUUACAUUAAGUGCUUUUAUAUAUGAGUAGUUUUAAAGAAAUUUGGGGCCAAGGUGUGGCUCAAUUGUACAUGCUUGUCUAACAUGUACAAAGCCCUGAUUUAAUCUCCAGAACCAUGUAACCUUGGCGUGGUGGCACCUGCCCUGUAUCCUAGAACUCAGGAGGAAGAGGCAGGAGGAUCAGAUGUUCAGGGUCAUCUUCAGCUAUGUAGCAAGUUUGAGACCAACCCCGUCUAUAUGACAUAUAUUUCUACCCUCUUAACUUUUCAGUAGCAUGAUACUGAAAAGGCAUGUUGGUCCCCAUGCUCCUCCAGCUGUGUGGGUAGAGUGAGGCCCCUCCAGCUGUGGGUAGAGUGAGGCCCCCUCCAGCUGUGUGGGUAGAGUGAGGCCCUUUUAUUAAAAGCCAAGACUCUGGUAGCUCUGAAUUUAACAUCUUUUCAAUUAAAGCCUGCUUGCUGAGAGGCAUGAACUUUUUGAGUGAUGCAGCCAGACUGUAAGAUUAAACUUGUCCAUUUACAGUGGAUUCUGCAUGAUACUUGAUGCAGUGCUAUGCAAGGCUGGUUUGGACAUUGCCUUUGUCCUUCAGAUUCAGUUUUGGAACAUAAACCAUGUUGGUGAAACCCCAGCCAUUCUGCCGUUCUAGUCGGCUUCCAUUGGCCCCUUGCUGGGGGACUGGGUUAGGUGUUGCUAUUAGUUUCAUCAGACUCACUUCUCACCUGUAGGUGAUGUCACCCCCAUGUUGUCACUCUUGUUACUGUGCCCCGCCUCCCCCAGGGCCUGUGGUCAUCACAGAGGUAACUAAUUCCUUGUCUGGGAACUCAAAACUGUGGGGCACUGUACUGAAGAGCAAACAGACACACAGCCUCUGGCAUGAUUAUUGUCCCCAAGGGCAGUUGUGACGGCCACUUCUAACCAGCACCUCCUACCAGAGUACAGAACAGCAAAAGCCAGUUCUCAGUCCAAGUCUUUGUUGCAGUUAUAUAGAAUGCAAUUAUAUAACUUCUGUGAAAAGUUGGAAACCAUUGAUUGCAGCUGUCUGGAUGUUUAUGUUCCUGAGGACAAGUUACCAGAGCCAGGUUUUCAGUUUUUGUUGGUGUUUAUGGCCAUGUGCUAAUGCUGUCCUAAAAUAACAUCCCAGGAGAUUUCUCCAGGGUCGCCUGUGAGUGGAGAGGCCCUGUGAGUGAAGGCAUGCAGAGGGGCUCCAGCUUAGACUCUCCUUAUACCAUAGGACUUGGAACACAUUCAUGUUUCCCUAAAUUCUCCUCUGGCCUCAGUUCUGGAAUGGGUAUACAUGUUUUGAGAUAUCUUGUACUGCCCAUGCUAACUUUGAACUUGAGAUCCUCUUGCCUUAGUUUCCCAAGUAGCCAGGACUACAGGUGUGUAGUACCGGGCUUUUAAAACAGUGUUCAGACCCCAGUGUUCAACCUGGAGUCAUUUAAUAAGGCAUGAACUAUUGGUAACUUACAAUGUUGAUAAACUAAUUAUGUAGACCUUUUAAAGUCUCA